AUGGCAAUAAACAGUCAAGACCAAGACGUGGAUGAUGAGAGUGUUCAAUCGUUUCGCCAGUCAGUCACAAGUCGACAAUCGACCACACAAUUUACCGACAAAACGCCUUGGUUCUCUAUUGCAUUAGUCGCGGCCAUGACAACUUGUACGGCCGCUCAGUACAGUAUUUACUUCAGUUCUAUGUGGCCGUAUCUUCAGAGGGUGAGUGUAAUGUUUAGUAUUUGUAUUUUUUUUUAAUUUGGGUCCGAGGGGAUGAGGGAAAAAAGUAAAAAUUAGGAUAACAUUAUGGUAUAGGCUAGGGUAUAACCCAGCGUAGGGUAGGCUAGAUACUAGGGCCCGGUCGGGUAUGGCACGGCAUAGCAAAUCAACGAAGGUAAGGGUGUUCUCAGCAUAGAAUAUACUGUUAUAUAUUGUAAGAUAGGGUAGUAAAUACCACUUUACCAUAGAAAAACUAAUGCAUGGUUUAUUGUAAAGUCGAACACUGCUUACUGUAUAUAUGAUAUAUAGGUUUAAGUAGUGCAUACUGUUACUGUGAGAUAAGACUCAAAACACGACAGAACCUAGGGUACGGUAAAAACUAGAGUAGGGUAGAGCUUACAUUACCGUAGUUUCUAGUGGGUAGGAUAGGGUAGGGUAGGGUAGGGUAGAAAAUGACUUAUUUCAAAAACUACAGGACUUUUUUAGUUAGACCCCGAGGUCUCAGAGCCAUUUGUUGGUUUCUCGGUAGCCUUCUACUCCUUUGGCCAGAUCUUAUGUGCUCCACUGAUUGGCUGGUGGAGUAAUAAAAUAAAAAAUAUUCGAAUUCCGAUUAUUUUUGCCAUUUCUUUACAAAUGCUUGGCAAUUUUAUUUAUCUUUUCGCUCAAGUUUUCGAAAGACCGAACGGAAAAUACGCUGUGGCUGUCAGUCGAUUUGUUUGUGGAUUGGGGGCUAGUAAGUAAAUUUUUAUUUUUUUUUAGUUGCUUUAUUAUAAAAUGUCAUUUUAAGCCAAAAAUUUAAUAUUUAUUUUUUCAGCCAGGGCGCAGCUCGCAAAAACAAAAAAAAAUAUUUUCGUUUUUCAGCCAGGGCGCAGCUCGCAAAAACAAAAAAAAAUAUUUUUACAAAAAAAGUCAUGAAUGAUGAGUUUUUAAGCCUAAAAUACCUGUCUUAUAGCUAAAAAAACAAAUUUUUAAAUUUUAACCCAGGGCGCAGCUCAAAAAACCAAAAAACAUUUUUUUUCUAAAAAGACAUAACAAAAUGCCAUUUUAAGCCUAAAGUACUAAUUUUUUUGUAAAAAAUUUUAUUUUUAAAUUUUAAACCAGGGCGCAGCUCGAAACAUCAAAAAAAAUUUUUUGGUAAAAAACGUUAACACAAUCUUAUUUUAGGUAACAUUGGUCUUUUAAAAACCUAUGCAGCCACUGCUGCUCGUAAAGAGCAUCGUUCACGGUCGAUAGCCACAGUUACAGGUGGUUUGGCUCUGGGCUUGAUUUGUGGUCCUGGUAAGAUUUUUUCUUUUUUUAAUUUAAAAUUUCAAAAUUAAAAAAAAUGUCAAUUUUUCAGCAAUUCAAAUAAUAUUCACACCGAUCGGUGAGAAAGGAUGGCAGAUAACCGAACGUUUUGCUUUAAAUAUGUACACAACACCACCAUUGGCCGUAUGCUUGGUCAAUAUCACUGCCAUGUGUAUCAUGGGCUUUAUUUUCAAAGAGGUCUAUGCUGGACUUGUGGAUAGUGUAAGUUUACCCUGGCUCAGACCCCUGACCCAGAGCCCUAGCCCAGAGCCCUAGCCCUAGCCCAGAGCCCUAGCCCAGAGCCCUAGCCCAGAGCCCUAGCCCAAAGCCCUAGCCCAGAGCCUUAGCCCACAGCUCUAGCCCAGAGCCUUAGCCCAGAGCCCUAGCCCAGAGCGCUAGUUCAGAGCCCAAGCCUAGAGCCCUAGCCUAGAGCCCUAAUCAUUCCCCUUACCAUAUCUCACCUUAGCCUACUUUACUAUAUGUAGUCAUAUCGUAUGUCUUUAUUAGUCGAACUAUAGUGUAGCACAGCUGGACCGGCCUAAAAAGCCCAGCCAGCUUACAUGUAAAGACAAUCGGGCCGGGCUUGACUAAAAUUUAGAUCGAGGCAGGCCUAACACUCAGAGCCGGGCUUGAAAAAUGGGCUUGGCAACGCCCGUUUCUCAUGUCUAUAUCUAUCUCGUAGUGUAGCCUACCCCAGUUCAACCAUUAAUCCUAGUCUAACUUUCUGUACCCUACGUUACCUUAUUUGUAUCGUACUUGUGUCCUACCCUACUGUAAGCCUGCUCUCCCUUACUCUAUCCUUAUUAUGUUCUACCUAUCAUAAUCCUACUCUACUUAUACCGUGCUUUACUUGAUCUUACAUGUACCCUACCCUACCCUUCUCUUACUCUACCUAAUAACUAAUCUUUUCUAAUUUCAGAAAUCCAGUGACAAUCUAAAACUACCUCCAGCCGACAAGACAGGAGUACUCAUGUGCUAUUGUGUACGGUUCGCCCAAAUGUUCGCUUUCAGUUCAGUAGAAACGCUAUCCACCCCAAUAGCUAUGACAAUGUUCGCUUUAUCACGAACUGAUGCAGUUACAUUGGUCUCGAUUAUACAUGGUGCUAUGUCAUUUGUGGAAUUGUUUAUGUACUCCAGUUUUGUCAUAUUCAAGUUGGACAGAUGGCUUAAUGAGAGAUUGGUUUGUCUCUUGGGCUUCUCUGGAAUUGCUCUCUGCUACUUUUUGAGCUUCCCUUGGCCGUUUUUGGGUACCAAAUUAACAAUAUACAAUGAUAGUAGUAAGUUUUAUAUAAUUUUUCGUUUUGGGCAGGGUAAGGUAAGAGAAAGUAUGAGAAACGCAGGGUGGGUAAAGGGCAAUGGACAGGUAAAGUUAAUUAUGGGGUAGGUCAAGACAAAGACAAUGAUAAGUCAGGGCCUACAGUAAGUUUCAACUAGGGUGCAGUUGGGGUAGUAUAGGGUGGGGUGGGGUAGUUGUAUACAGUAAGAUUAUUGUAAAGUAAAGGCUGGGCUGGGGCUGUGGGCUAGGGCUCUGGACUAGGGCUCUGGGCUAGGGCUCUGGGCUAGGGCUUUGGGCUAGGGCUCUCGGCUAGGGCUCUGGGCUAGGGCUCUGGGCUAGGGCUCUGGGCUAGGGCUCUGGGCUAGGGCUCUGGGCUAGGGCUCUGGGCUAGAGCUCUGGGCUAGGGCUCUGGGCUAGGGCUCUGGGCUAGGGCUCUGGGCUAGGGCUUUGGGCUAGGGCUCUGGGCUAGGGCUCUGGGCUAGGGCUCUGGGCUAGGGCUCUGGGCUAGGGCUCUGGGCUAGGGCUCUGGGCUAGGGCUCUGGGCUCUGGACUAAGUCAUGUUAAUUUUAAAAAAUUUUUCAGUCGCCAGAGAAUACGAACUCAUGGACAAAGAGCCAGUUGGAUGUAAUGUUGACCAUCUACCAUGGUGUGAAUGGACACCUCAAGUCAAUUUCUAUCUAUAUUAUGCUACGUUCGCCUUCUUGAUGACAGCUUGUUUCUGUUUGACUAAUAUUACUAUGAAUACUAUUUUCUCAAGUAUUAUUGGGCCUAGACGUCAGGUAGUUUAAAGUUUUUUUUGGAAAAAAAAUUUUUUUGGUUUAAGCCUGGGCGCAGCUCGGAAAAUAAAAGUUUUUUUUAAAUUAGUUUAAAUGUCCCAAAAAUGUCAUUUUUAACUCAAAUUUAAAAAAAAUAUAUAAAUUUUUUUAAAGAUUGGGCGCACCUCGGAAAUUAGAAAUCUAUUUUUUAUCCAUAAAAUAGAUUGAAAUGGUCUAAAAAUGCUAUUUUUAAUUCAGUUUUUAAAAAAAACCUAAAUACUACCCUUCAGGGCACCCAACAAGGUAUUCUCCAAAUGGUCGGCUCCGUCGGCCGCCUGAGUGGCCCACUUCUUAUCAGUAAUCUCUACACUUAUCUCGGUAUUCGAUACGCGUGGAUACUCGAGUUCCUUAUCAAUGUGAUAGCAUGUAUAUUAUGGGUAUUUAACUACGGUCAUUUAAUCCCGAUUGAAGAGAAAAUGGAGAAAAUGCGGUUGAAAGAAAUCGAAAAUUCCAGCGAAAAAGACAAGAUUAAGGUUAAAUUUUGA